AACCCCAUGAUGGUCACCUUGAGUGGAGGACGAUGCGGCAUGACAAACAAGAGGGUCAACGGCCGCUAGUACUUGAAAGCUAGGCAGAGCUGAGCAGCAACGCAGUGCUCGUAUUACAAAAGAGGCUGCUCUUAUGGGCUUCGAUCAUGUGAAACAGCUCAAGCCCCAGCUUGUCAGUGGAGGUGGCGUCGCAGGUUCACCGUUGAUGACAUUGCUUGAAGCAAAGCGGUGUCAUGUGGGUGCUACUAUGAAUGGAACUUCACAAAUUUCGUGAGAUUCUCCAUUCCUGCUACACAUCGAUCUCAAGACAAGCGGGCGGUUUUGUGCUCAAAAUGGUCGGGAUCAGACUUCAGCAAAGCGGUCGUUGUCAACAUCCCAACCAUGGUUCAACAAUAGAGGGAAAUAAAUCGCCAAUAACCUAACUCUCAGUAGUGAGGUUGUUGGCCGGGAUAACCUAGCUUUCGUUACUCAGGUUGUUGGCUUGGAUUUGAAAAAUGAACAGUAGUUCAUUCCUAGCAAUAACGAGAUUGUAAUUUUAUUGAAUGAAGAUGAUUUGAUAUACAUUUCGAAGUCAAUAAAUGUAGAACCCUCU